UGGGGCAUUUGUACAAUUGGAGUGCAGUGCAAUAAACCGUCUGAGACCCAAGGUUAUUAACUGUGUUACCAAGGAGGCGAGAGCAACGACAGGGAGAGGACGGAGAGGAAAAGCCUCUGCUUGCUUGCUGCAUCGACUUCAUUUGAGAGGCUUUUCCCCCUCGUGUGGUUUAUCCACCACGAAUCAGCUUAGUGGCGACCAGCUGCACUCAGGAUAAGGCUGUCCUCUACCACCGGGCGGCGCUAUUGGGACCAAUGUCAUGGCCGUGGAUCUUUUCCAAGCCCACCUCGAAUGCACGCAGCUCCAUGAUGGAUAUCGCUCCCGCUGCUACGUAGCCACGGAGUGGGAGGGACUGCCUAUCUACCAGCAUUUCCAUUGGUUUUACGGUCCGCACGGUGGAGCGGGGGGGUGCCUCUAAUCAUAUCCAGCAUGUUUUGCACAAGAAAUGUCAGCCAGAAAGGGCUAUCUUCUCCCCUCGCCAAAAUACACCACAAUAAUGUCAUGUUCGGACACCCCGUCAGGAAAUGCGUUUUUAGUGGAUUCUCUGAUCAGUGGCCGCACCGAGAGCGGCGGAGGUCACUACACUGGGAGCGCGGUGUGUGUGCCCCAUAGUACCGCUACAGAAGUGCCUUACGGACUACACAACUAUGGAUACUUCCCAGGUAUGGGUAAACGGAACGAGGUGGGUCCACAAAACAUGGUUUCCGCCUCAGGCGCGUACAUGUCCAGCAUGGAGAUGUGGAUGGACGCGCAGAGGUCAUGUCGAAUGGACCAAGAGCACCCAGUGGGUCCCCAGGUCGCGCCCUGCUCGUUCCCGCAAAACAUUAAGGAAGAGAGCACCUACUGCCUGUAUGAGCAGCCGAAGUGCCCUAAAGCCUCCACCGCCGAAGAUCUUACUUAUUCGAGAUUAACGACAACCGGCCUCGGCUCGAGUUCUUGUACAGUUACCGAUGGCGGCGGCGGCGGGGGCUCAGUGCCUGUGCCGGGCUACUUCCGCUUGUCUCAGACGCACGCACAUUCUCAUAAACUUUACAACACCAACGGCCCCCAGCCGAACCCUUCCCAUUCUCAUUUUGGCCUACACCCCACUGCUCCUGCUCGCUUCCACACGCCACCAACCUCGACUUCUGCUCCAGCCACGGCGCAAGAAGGGAGGAACACCGAGGAGCCCGUGUCCUCGGGAAACGCAGACCUGCAGCCUCACGCUGCACCGGGGACCGAGGAGGCACGCGAAUCCUCGGAUGCAGAAGUCUCCUCAGCUGACGAGACAGAAGAACAUGAGAAAGAAAGACCAUCAAAAGCUUCUAAAGGAGACACAAAAAGUGAAAACACGGCCAACUGGCUGACAGCAAAAAGCGGCCGGAAGAAACGAUGUCCAUAUACCAAGCACCAGACACUGGAGCUGGAGAAGGAGUUCCUCUUCAACAUGUACCUGACCCGAGAGCGCCGCCUAGAGAUCAGUAAAAGCGUCCACCUGACGGACAGACAGGUUAAAAUCUGGUUCCAGAACCGCAGGAUGAAACUGAAGAAAAUGACGCGGGAAAACAGGAUCCGGGAGCUCACCUCCAAUUAUGGAUUUUCAUGAUGAACGAGGUGAUCACACUGACAUAGAACAAAAUUGGUGAAAUCAAUGACGCCCACUCUUUCUCACCACUUAACUCCACGUAAUGACUCAUUUCACUGUGGGGGUACAACUUUCUUUUAUUUCCAGACAGGCUUUAAAGACGAUGCAUCGUCCUCUGUGAGCUACUGAGAAAAGAAAAGGAAAAUAAUAAUAAUAAUAAUAAUGUUCUAGGUUCUAUUUGAUUGUUUUCUGAUGUCGUGUUUUUGUAUUGUCGACCUGUUUUUGUCACUUCUGUCGUAUGGUUGGAGUAGUGUCAGUGGAGUUAAAUUCACGCAAUUUUAAAAAAAAAAACCCAACUCACACACACACACACUUUAAUUGUCCACUCCACCCCACCCCUACCACUUAAAAAAAGAAAUAAUUUUUAAAAAUCCCUUUUUAUAAAUUUAAUCAAACAAAUGAAUUUACUUUAUUUUAAUUGGAAUUGCAUGAUAUCAACUUUCCAUACAUUUAAUUUUAGCAAUUUUAAACCCACCCUAAAAUAUAAUGCCCAUGUAUCACCAAGGGAAGCAUAAUUCACCUAUGACCAUUAGAUGUAGUCUACCAUGAUAUAGGCCUCUUCUAUGUAUGAACUAAAUGUAUAAAUUGAAUCAUUGAGGGCGUUUACGCGAAAAAAACGGUGUUCAAAGCGAAGGAGGACUGUUUUUAUUGUAUAUUUCUGUGUACAUAUGACAUUGUGUUUUUGUGUAAUGCUUAAUAAAUUAUCAGCUCGCAUUGAG